CCUCGAUUUUUUUCCCACUCUCUCUAAAAUCUCCAAUUCAAGUGUUUCGGUUUCUAGGGUUUGAUGAAACCCGAGAAUCCCAUAAACCCUUCUGAAUACUCCACCCGUUUCGGAGAAAGUCCUCCUCCCACGAAUACGGCUAUUUCCGGCGAAAAUCAUCCCUUAUCCGGCGUCUGCAAAGAACAAGCAAUCUCUGUGUGUUUCGGGAAUUCAAGGGCUAUUGAUUCAAUAUGAACAAUCACCAUAGUGACCGGCUUCAGCAAAUAGAAACAACUUGUGCCUCUCUUCUAAAAGACCUACAGAGUAUAUGGGAUGAAGUUGGAGAACCUAACAUAGAAAGAGAUGAAAUGCUACUUGAACUUGAGCAAGAGUGUCUGGAGGCAUAUAAGAGAAAGGUAAGUCAUGCAAAAAAGAGUAGAGCUCAACUGCGGCAAGCAAUUGCAGACUCUGAAGCAGAACUUGCAGACAUCUGCUCAGCAAUGGGAGAGGGACCGGUAAACGUAAGGCAGUUUGAUCAGAAUGCUGGUGGAGGCUUGAAGGAAGAGCUUAAAACCAUUGUUUCAACAUUGGAGGCGAUGCGGAAGUUGAAAUGUGAGAGGAAGAAACAAUUUGUUGAAGUUCUAGAUCAAUUGCUGAAUAUUUCAAAAGAACUUUGCAAACCCAGGGAAGAUAAUCUGUGCAAGAUUUUCAUGGAUGAGACAGAUCUAUCACUGAAAAGACUACAUGAAUUGCACAGAUUGUUGCUUGAACUCCAAGAUGAGAAGAGCAACCGUGUGAAGCAGGUACUGGCCCACCUGAAGACUCUUGAUUCACUGUGUAAGGUGCUUGGUCUGGAUUUCAAGCACACAGUUGCUGAGAUUCACCCCUCUAUGGAUGAUUCCAUAGGAUUGAAAAACCUAAGCAGUAAUACAAUUGAUAAGUUGGCUGCCACAAUACUAAGUUUACGAGAAGUCAAGACAGAGAGAAUGCAUAAGCUUCGAGAUCUUGCAGCUUCCAUGUUGGAGCUCUGGAGUUUAAUGGAUACACCAAUCAAGGAGCAACAGAUGUUCCAGAAUGUUACCAGUAAUAUCGCUGCUUCAGAACAUGAAAUUACUGAGCCUAACACUCUUUCUCUGAAUUUCAUUAACUAUGUUGAGGCAGAAGUAUCAAGGUUAGAGCAGCUGAAAUCAAGCAAAAUGAAAGAGCUUAUUUUGAAGAAGAGGACAGAACUGGAGGAGAUAUGCAGCAGGAUACAUGUUGUCUCAGAAGCAUAUAUUCCAAUCGAACAUUCAAUUGAAGCUAUAGAGUCUGGAGCGAUGGAGCCUACUUACCUACUGGAACAAGUUGAGCUUCAGAUUGCAAAGGUUAAAGAGGAAGCUUUUAGCAGGAAAGAAAUACUUGACAAGGUCGUGAAAUGGCUGGCUGCAUGUGAUGAGGAGUGCUGGCUUGAGGAGUAUAACAGGGAUGGCAAUCGUUAUAAUGCUGGAAGAGGUGCUCAUGUUCAUCUGAAGCGUGCUGAAAAAGCCCGAGCUUUGGUCAGCAAAAUUCCUGCAAUGACAGACGCAUUGACUUUGAAAGCCAAAGCUUGGGAAGAAGAAAGAGGAAUCGAGUUCUCAUAUGAUGGUGUUCGACUUCUUUCUAUGCUUGAUCAGUACAACUUUUUAAGACAAGAGAAAGAACAAGAACGUCAAAGGCAGAGAGAACAGAAGAGACUUCAGGGACAGCUAAUAGCAGAGCAGGAAGCACUCUUUGGGUCAAAACCUAGUCCAUCAAAGAGUGGGAAGAAGCUUUCUAGAAUUUCAACAAUAGGUGCAGCUAAUAGAAGAUUGUCUCAUGGAGGAAUGAUGCUUCAAGCCCCAAAUCCUGAAAAAGCUGCUCUCCAUUCCUGUCCUACUAAGAAAGAUGGUUGUGUGAAACAAAACAACUCACUCAAGCACCAGCAAUACAAUGGUUCUGCAGUGCUAUCUUCUGGUAGGACGAAAUUAGGGAUUGCUUUUAAACCAGUAAAGAAGCACUUUACUAAAGAUACAAAUGCAUGUGAAAUUGAAUCAUCAGUGAUCCGAAAGCCCCUCUCUCCCAUUUCUCCUGCAGUAGUAUCCGACAAAAUUUCAAGUAUCCAGGAAGGGCAGGACAGAACGCCAAAGAGAACAUUACACAGAACAAUUCCACCCAGCAAGACUCCAACAGCAUCACCUUCAAAGCUGAUUUCCAUUGAUGACCUGGAAAACAAAACCCCAAAGAAUAUUCCAAUUCCAUUGCCAACUACUCCUCCAACAGUCUCACUUCCCAUGCAGACGGCCUCUACUCCAGGCACACCUUGCAUUCCUUUUGUUGCCAAUCAAGCCGAAGAGCGGGUUAAAGUAAUUGAAUACUCUUUUGAGGAGAGAAGAGCGGCUUUCAUGCUUCCUGAAGCUUAUUAUUCAAGGUAAGCAUCAGAACUCAGAAGCUUGAGACAUCGCUAGUUUGAAGUCACUAGGCUCUGUGUUUAUUGUGGUUUCUCUCCUCCAUGUACAUGCCAUACAAACAACAAAACAUUCUUAGUAAAUAAAAUGCCUAUAGUUGUUGACUGUUUUUGGUAGCUAUUGGUUUAUAUAUUGAAUCUAAACCUGAUUAUAUUCA